ACUCGAUACAGGAAUUUCACGAAACACUCGAUGUUCCGGAACCAGGCUAAUAAACUUUAUGAUAAAAUUCGAUGAUGUGAGUGGUCGUGAGUCAUGAUGUUUUCUGGCUUUUUGUUAUGACACGGGUGGGAUGUGACUUAUUUUUUGUAGUGUUAUGGUAGGAUUUGGUCGGAUCGGACUGGUCAUCAUCACCACUUCGGAGAGGAAGUGUGCAAUGUGUUAUUUUCAUCUCAAGAAACAAUGCAACGACAUUGAUGAUGUGUGUGACUGCGAAUGCUCAUUGUGGAUGCAUGGAGUUCAAGUUGUUCUCAACCGGAACUGAACGUUAAAGCGAUUGGGCCGCGUAUUGUACACCGGUUUCAGUCAACCGUUACCGAGUAACUCCUCCAUAGAAAUCAAGUGGGCAUGGCAACUAGCAUCAGCAACGGGGGAACCCACGACAUCCUCAGCCGCCUCACCGACAUCGAUGUGACCGUGAGCAAGAGUUCAAAGGGUAGAAAGGAUGGAGCACAGGAGGAGGGGGCGGGGCAGGCUGAGGGUGUGGACUGGAAGGAACGAUACGUACUGCUGGAGGAACAGCUGGAUAAGUUCCGCUUGCAGGCCACCAAGAUCCGCACAGUGCUCGGGGAACGGAUGGAGGAUUUGGAAGAGAAAGUUAAAGAGUCCAAUGCAAGAGCAGAGAAAGCUGAACAAGAGGUCAAGGAAGUGACAGAGAAGCUGGCCCUGAUGAGACGGGGUUCAGGGGAGAACGAGCGCAGUCCGAGCACCAGCAAGAGGAUUCAGGCCCUGGAGGCAGCCUGCCAGGAGAAAGAAGACGUCAUACGACACUUGGAGAAGCAACUCACAGAACAGCGUGAACUCCGAAAGGAAGACAGCCAAUUGGUGGAUACCAAGAUAGUCCAGAUCAAGGAGUGGGUAGCGACCACCGUCAACCAGUUGGAGGAAGAAAACAGGAGAUUGCGAGCUGAGAAUGUGUUUUUAAUCACGGGACAGCAAAGUUUAGAAGAGAGAACAGGUCCAGAACCAAGGCAACAACUGCCUCUGUCAAGGCCUACGUCAGUCCUCUCAGAAGCGCCCGAGAUUCCUGCUCGUCCAACAUCAUCUAGCAUCAGGGAGCACCUCCAGAAUAUCCUGGAUGAUAGUCAGACCAUCCAAGGCGUCCCCAUGAGGCCCAAGCCCCCUGCCAGAAACAGGAAGAGUCCAGAUGACUCCCACGUCUCGGCCCUGAUUCAGGUCCACGAGGAGUUCAUCAAGCAAGGGGAGGAGAGACCCUUGCGAGACGAGACCUUCAAGUGCGCGGCCUGCGAGAGACGGAUGAAGCUACAGGACUCUUGGAUGUCGGACCAGGAGGAGGUGAGCCACAACACCUGGCCGCGCCGGCAGCCACUCCAUGCCCAUGAUUUUGCCAAACAGCACAGCUACGACCAGCCAGCUCCAGAGUGUGCCUCUUGUGAAUCGGAGCCGCGUAGAGACCUCAUUGUUCACUGUGAGUUUUGCGGCCAUGACGGGGUGCCAGUUCAUGUUGAAUCUGACGAGGAGGACUUGACAGAAGGGAUGCUACCUGCGGACCACCUUCUGGGCAGUCAGGCAUCCCUAAUGUCCUUGUCGGAUAGUUCUCUUGCCUUACAUGCUCCUCCUCCAACCCCUGCCUCCCCGGGAACUGGAGGCUCCAAGAGUCUUGCCCACAGCUUAAACCAAGCCAGUAAUAACUCUACAGUGAACAACAACAAUGAAUCGCCUUCGUCAGUGAAAGUGCCGGCGACUUUAGAAGCCUUGGCUGACUCCGUUUCAGCAACGGCCGAGAUUCUCCACCAGUCGUCCAACAGCAAUAACAAUCAGACUCCUUCCUUCUCAGAAGCUCUUGUUGAUCACACCCUGGAGUCUUUAGAGGAUGCCGCCCACUCGCAGAUGGAAACAGAAACCACGCUGGAAGACGACGACGAUGAUGAGGUUUUCCACAAAGACGGGUUUGUCCCGGGGUCUAGGAGCAGCGACUAUGCCGACCUGUUCCAAGAUGAGAUUGAACACAAGUCCCCCAAGAAGUCGGAGAGCAAGUAUCAGAGCCUGACGUCUUUCAACACUGCCGUGGUCCUGGGGAAGGACGACGACGACUACGAUGAACCACCCGAUGACUUCUUCAGCAUGGAAAGUCCAGAUGAGGCCAGUAAACCUGGGGCAAAGGUCUCCGAGAAGAGUAAUCCUACCCCGCCUCCGCCUCCACUUCACAAGAUGCCACCAUGGGAGAAUCGGAUCUACACCAUUGCAGACAGGGGAAUGACCUUAUCGUCUUGCGUCAAUAAUAUGGCUAGCCCCUCCAAAACUUGCCCUGCCCCUAUUUGCCAGUCUUGGGAAGGUUCCAGCACCGCAGCCAUGUACAAAGACAUGUCUGUCCCGGUUUAUACCACUCUAAGAGGGCACGCUGACCAGAUCCGCAGCACUCCCUUCAGCGGCGAUUCCUCCGACUCUUCGGACGAGGAGCACGGCGGAGGAGGGAAGCACUCCCAGCCCCAGCAAGCCCAGUCUUCGGCAGCCGCUGGCGGAACCCUGGGUAGAAGGCCGUCCGCCACCACCUCGCCGGCCAAGAGCAGCAGCAAGACCAGCAGUAGCAGCAACAGCGCCCUCAUGUGCAGCCCGUCCCGGAAGCUGAUCGUCGUUGGUGGCAUGCCCUCGACCCCAACGCUGGGCCAAAAGAGGGGUGUGUCCGCCCAAUCAGGAAGCUCCGAGGCCGAUUAUGCAAUACCUCCCGAUGCAAUCUCAUGCAGCGACAGUACCAACUCGGACGAACCUGAACCCAAACUCCUCAAGACUUGUGCUGCAUUCACUGCCGAGAAUGUUCGGAAGGGUCCAUUAGAGAAGAGUGGUUGGCUGACCAAGUUCGGAGGGAGGAUGAAAAGCUGGAAGAGGCGCUGGUUCGUGCUGAGGGAUGGCGAACUCUGCUACUACAAAUCAAUGAACGAAUCCAGUCGGAAGCCCCGAGGACGAAUCCCCUUGGACACCCUGACCAAGAUCUCCAGGUCGGAGGGCUCCUUGACCUUUGAACUUGUCACCACCAAGAGGACGUACUACCUGACAGCGGGAUCGUCUGCGGUCAUGGAGGAGUGGAUAACAGUGUUGAACAAUGUCCUGUGCCGGCUGAACACCAGGGUCAUGAUGGACAAGGCCUCCAGCGACGAAGCCAAGCCAAGCAUCCAGUCCUGGCUGACUAAGGUCAAGAACGGACACUCCAAGACCUGCUGGUGUGUCCUGACUAACAAGACCUUCGGCUACUACAAGAAACAAGGGGACAAGGUUCCCAUUGGCACUAUUGACAUGGGUGAGGCGUCAGUCGAGGAGGUGGACCAGUCACAGGACUCAGAUGACGAAGGCGACGGCAAGACAGAGUGCAAAUAUUCCCUGUGCCUGACUCCAGCCAAGAAGCCUGAUCAGACCAACCGAAGCCCAACGUAUCUUGUCUUUAACAGUAAAGAAGAAAAGGAUAACUGGUUGUACCAUCUACUGGUGGCAUCAGGGGGAGGCAACUCAGACGCAGGCACCGAGUUUGAGAAGCUGAUCUCCCGGUUGAUGGUCGCGGACGGUAACCCCCAGAGUCCAUGCUGGAAGCAUCCCAUGCUGUGCUACAGCAAGGAGAGCAUUGAGAAGCCACUAACGACGCUGCCCUCAGAGCCGCUCAAGAAAGAAGCUGUCAAACUCGGCAAGUCAUGCAACCUCUUCGUCACAGUCCAGAUGGACACGUUGGCCAUCGAUUACCACAUCAGCCUGGCCCAGAAUGCACUGCAGACCUGCCUGUCCCACCCGGAGCUCCAGAACGAGAUGUACUGCCAGCUGAUCAAGCAGACGACAAGAUGUCCGCCGGGAUCCACCUCAGGGAGUAUACAGUCCCUCCUCUGUGGCAACUUCUCCUCCUGGUUUGGGUGCGAUGCCCAGGGGUCGCGACCUUCGUCUAUGAUUGACCUGACCUCUAACCCCCAGCAGGUCAAUCCCCACGACGCCUACCUGGUCCUGCAAGCCUGGCAGUUGCUGGCCAUGUGCUGUGUCUUGUUCCUGCCUCAGCAGAAGUACCUGUGGUUCCUCAAGGCGCAUCUACGACGACAUGCCGAUACAAAGAACGACGUCGGCAAGUAUGCGCUGUUCUGUCAGAGGUCAUUGGACCGUACCAUUCACAAAGGCGGGAGGGAGGCCAAGCCAUCGCGGCAGGAGGUGCUGUCCAUUCUACAGAGACAUCCUUACCACCAUUCCUUCCCCAUCAGCAUGCCGGUGCACUUCAUGAACGGGAGCUAUCAGGUUGUAGGGUUUGAUGGCUCCACAACAGUCAAGGACUUGCUUCACACUCUCAAUCACAAGAUCAACAUGAGAGAUAGCGAGGAGAGUGGCUUUGCCUUGUUCACCGAUGAUCCGUGUGGGAGGGAAAUUGAACACUGCUUGCAUCCUUCUGCCAAGAUCUGCGAUGUGAUAUCAAAGUGGGAACAGACUUUGAAGGAGACACAAACCGGCAAAUGGGAAACAGCUAGAAUGGUGCGACUCACCUAUAAAAACAGGUUGUACUUCCGACAGCGCUCUAAGCGAGAGACGGAACGCGAGAAGCUGCUGCUGACCUACCAGGUCAACGAUGACAUCAUCAACGGCUGGUUCCCGAUCAACAAGGAGCUGGCUCUGGAACUGGCGGCACUCAUGGCACAGAUUGAAUACAACGAUUACAGACCCAGCGUGACCAACCUAGAGCUGCCGUCCACCGGUUCCAGCGCAACGAGUACCAGUCAGACAUUAGACAGUGCAUUUGAGAAGUUCUACCCUAAGAGAUACAAGAACUGUGAAGAUGAGGACCUGAGGACCCUGAAGCACAGUCUAGCCCAGAAGUGGUGCGUCCUGAAGGGCCGUACACCCGCAGACUGCGUCCGCAUCUACCUGACGGUCACCAGGAAAUGGCCACUCUUUGGUGCUAAACUCUUCCCUGCCAAGUGCAAGUUUGGCAAGCAAGACAGAGUAUGGCUAGCUGUGCAGGACGGUGGCGUCAGUAUGCUCAACUAUAACUCACUGCAAGAACUUGCCAAGCACUCCUUCCAGUCUAUGGUCACGUUUGGCGGCUGCCGUGACGACUUCAUGAUUGUCCUCAGCCAAUCGGUGACCAAGGAGGUACCCCGGGAACGCGAGCACGGCACCGAGAAACUGCUCUUCUCCAUGUCAAAAACAAAGGUACUGGAGAUCACCCUACUGAUUGCCAGCUACAUCAACGCCAUUGUCAAGCAGGAAGGCCUGACAUACAAGCCCACGGGGGAGUUAGCCACGGCGGACGGCACCGGUUCAUCCGUGAGUAGCAGCGGGGGGCCGGCCUCCUGCACCAACCCCAAAGUCUGGGACCUGGAGAGCUCGACGGGACCCAUCGUUGUCGGUGGAAGCAGGAUUGUCUAGUGCUGACCCGCACUCAGUUUUGUGGAACCGCUCCAAAAGAUGAAGAAUUGUUUAGCAGAUAUUUGUGCUUAGCAAUAAUCACAGCUGGGAAUCAGUCACAAGGAAAGUGUUUCUAAACAAUGUGCUCUUGGAAAAAAUCGGCCAAGAACCAGUAUCACAUGCAAAAGUCCUGGGGCAGAUUGCAAUACCGCGGUCUUAGAUGGCUGGCUUAACCAGUCUGAUUUUAGCCAGCUUAUCGCUCUUAGACGGUCUUGGUAAAGAGACUAAACUUGACCCACUUGCAAUAAGCCAGUCUUUACCAAGCCUGCUUUUUAACCAGUUCGCGUCGGAGGACGUGAUAACACGCACUGGCACAAACGCCACAAACACUGAUUCGCAGAGAGUCAUUUCUACAGGAUUUGUACGAUAUUUGUUGCCGAAUACUCCGGGGUGUGCACCGGAUCGGAGCGUAAAUUGUCGAACGAUAGGCCGAGCACAACGGCCAAUUCAAGAUCAACACACGGUCCACCUCCAAACACUUC